GACCUGUCAAUUACAUAAUUUUGCAAAUCGUAAUAAGAAAGUCAAAGUCACUCAGUUCUUGGAUGAUAUGGCCUAUAAUAAAUUACAAGAUGAUGUUAUAAACCACGCUGACAUUAGCAUACAGCACAUCUUGCAGGAUUAAAGUUUGUUGUUGUGGGUACGAAUUAUUCGGUAUACAGUGGCAUACAAACCUGCUACCGAAAACGAGGAGCCCAGUUAAUUUUCAGACAAAUUCAUCCCCACCAUUUUAAACGAGCAAAUGUUGCGAGGUAUGGACGAUUUUGCUGGAUAUGCGACAGAUGACAACGAAAAAGCUGGCUCAACCGAAGAGGAACUUGAAAGUCGGAAGGGCAGGGUGUCUGUUAAUUUCGCGGAUGAGGGCCCUGUAAAUAUCCCUAGUCGGACAGAGAGUCGAGACACGGACACGGAGUCGUUUACUUAUGAGCAUUUUCCAGUUGUUUGCCCUACUUGUAGAGGUACAGGGAGGGUUCAUCAAGAUGAUGUCAAUGAACUAGUUGCUUUUAUUCCUGUCAAGGAUGAAAGACUACGUCCUUCCAGAAUAUUUUGGAAAUUGCUGCUCAUGUUUUUAAUCUGUACCUGCAUUGCUGCUCCACUUGCAUUUGUCCUUACCCCAAGAUCGGUUGAAAUCUCUGUAAACAAUAUCAAAUCAUUGGAAAUACGGAUUCCAUCAAGCAAAAAUCUUUCUGCUUACAUUAUUGUUGAGACCAAUCUGAAGAUUCAAAAUCAGAAUUAUUUGACUGUGAAAAUAACUGAAAUUCAUUUGCAAGUCUUUUGGAACAAAAUACUACUGAAUCAUGGCCUAUGUAAUCAGAAUAUGUCAUUUACAGUUCCAUCCAGAGAUUCUAUUGAGAGAAACUUGAAUGUCAAAAUAUAUUUCCAAGGCAACAAACCUGGAACAGCUGGAUUUCAGAUAAGAGAUAUGUGUGGAGAUGGCUGGUAUAAUCAUAUUUUGGCUCACUUUUUGACAACAGCAAAGGUCUCAUAUUUGGCACAAUCAUCUCAGAUAUCCUUCGAUGCAUAUCCUUACCUCCAGUGCUAUAACUACAGCGGUAUUGAAGACAGUAUGUGGAAUCACAAAAGAAAGAAGAGAAUGCAUCAGUUGCCAGUUAAGCUGACCCAGUAAAAUGACAUUUGGUGAAUACCGGAGUUUUGUGCCUCUUGUUCCCGAGUUCAGUUUCACGAUUUUUUCAGCAGACGUGAUUUCGUACGUUAAUUUUGAUUGCUUAAUAUGUUUUAUUCUUCGUCCAGGGAAGAUUUUGUAAUUAAGGAGAAUGACUUUUCCUAUAGUAAUAUGUUUAAUAUAGGUUUGAUAUAUGUAUAUUUUGAUAGACACCAAAUAUAGUUGUUGAUAGUUAAAGGCAAACUUCUGAAAUCUUGGAGAAUCCGAGACGUAAAUA